GAUCUUCGCGUCGACUAUUUCACAUACCGUUUUGACGGCGAAUCUUCCUGUUUCAACACUAUGGACAAAGAUGAUAUUCUGAAAUGUUCGCAAACACCUGAUUGCAUUCAGCCACAGCGGUCUGGUCCGUUGGAAAUCAAGGCGGGUGGACUGGAUGAGGUGGAAAUCGUUUGUGCUCGUAAGACGACCUGUGAAUAUGAUCCAAUUUGUCGCGCUUGGUGUCUCGACCGUUCUGACUUCGUUGUGCACUUUCCUCCAGAUGAAACCUACGAAGGUGAUAUAACAAUGAUAAACGCGGUGUAUCCCAGACCUGAGGGAGUCGACCUGUCCUACGUGUAUUGCUCGACCUAUAACUCCUUCCUCUCUUAUGCCAUUGAUUGGGCUAAUUCAGGUAAGUUGUCUUCAGCUCAAUCAUGCACCUGCUGUUUCGGCUUGAGUCAUAGCGCCCGCAAGUGCACACUGCAUUCAGAUGAUGCUUCACUGUGUCACCUUGGUGAUGCAUGCAGUCAAACUUUCUUGCUGAUGUCAUGGGUGGACAGACUAGUCAUUGAAAUGAUGCCGUUGCUGGCCUUCAGCAAAGCUGACAGGUGGAUUGCAUGA